AUGCCUGAAAAUCAGGGCUCUUCUUCGUCGUUGUCCUCGUUUGGUCGUUCAAUAUUUGGUGUCAGACAGGAGCAAGUUCAUUCUGUGGAAGCAAGUCAUGAAUCCGAUUCCUGUAAUUUGGAACUUGGUUCAUUCCAAAAGCGUGUUACAGAUAGGUUUCAAGACCUUUCUGUGGCUAGUGAUGAGGAAUUUCUCUCAAUUAACUGGAUCCAGAAGGUCCUCAGUGCGUUUAUCGUCUGCCAAGAGGAAUUCAGAGCCAUUCUGUUGAAUAACAAAGAGCAGGUCACAAAACCCCCGCUGGAUCGCAUGGUUUCUGAAUUCUUUGAGAGAUCAGUGAAGGCGCUGGACAUUUGCAAUGCAAGCAGGGACGGGAUUGAGAAGAUUCGGUCAUGGCAAAAGCAUCUGGAAAUUGUCUUCUGUGCCAUAGGUUCAAGCAAGAAAGCAUUAACUGAAGGCCAGUUCCGGAGGGCAAGAAAGGCACUGAUGGAUUUAGCAUUGGCAAUGCUUGAUGAGAAAGAAUCUGGAUCAAUUUUUUCUCAGCGUAAUAGGUCUUUUGGGCGACAUAAUUCUAGCAAGGAUCAUCAAUCAACAGGGCAUUCGAGAUCACAUUCAUGGAGCGUCUCGCGGUCCUGGUCUGCAGCCAAGCAACUACAGUCCAUUGCUAAUAACCUUGUUCCACCCCGUGCUACUGAGAUUGCUGCCACAAGCAGGCUUGCAAUUCUGGUUUAUACAAUGAACUGUAUUCUCCUGAUAGUUCUCUGGACCCUUGUUGCAGCUAUUCCUUGUCAGGAUAGGGGUCUAAGCAUUCAUUUUUCAGUCCCACGGCAAUUAUCCUGGAGCACUCCAAUCACCGUACUUCAUGAACGGAUCACAGAGGAGUCAAAGAAGCGGGAGCGUCGAAAUUCAAAUGGCUUGUUGAAGGAGAUACAUCAAGUUGAGACAAGCAGCCGCCGCUUGACCGACCUGAUAGAUUCAGCUCAGUUUCCACUGGCAGAUGACCAGAAAACAGAAGUUGAUCGCGAAGUUACGGAGCUAAAGCAUGCUUGUGAAGCUUUUAGAAAUGGGUUGGAUCCGUUGGAGCGCCAACUGAGGGAGGUGUUCCGGAAGAUAAUGACAUGUCGAACUGAGGGGCUUGAUUACCUUGGCACCUCAAGCCAUACUGAACAAUGA